GAGGAGUGUGUGUGUGUGUGUGUGUGUGUGUGUGUGUGUGUCAGAGGGGACCGGGGGUGAAAGAGUUUGGUCGGUCCGAUUCUCCAGAUGGACUUUAUAAACCACUCAAACGAGGCUGAUUUUUUGAACUUUUAAAGAAGUUCGCCUUCAUUCGGACUUUCAGAAUAAACUCUGAGGACGAACCUUCCUCCAACACACCCAGAAGUUCAGUCUGCAGGACACAUGCUGCUUACUGAGCUGUGCUGGUAGGCGAGAGCAGCAUGUCGACCCCGUCGUCUGAAAGCAGCCCUGAGGAUGUCAACAACCGCAGCUUCUGGAUGCCCGGGAACUACCAGCGCACGGUGCGGCGCACGGAGGACGCCUUCCAGGCCUGCAGCGACAUCGUGGCGUGCUUCCAGGAGCGGGCGCGGCUGGAGCGGCAGUACGCCCAGCAGCUCGCCGAGUGGAGCAGCAAGUGGAAGCCGGUGGUGGACUCCAGUCCGCUGUACGGCUCGCUCAUGAAGGCGUGGCAGUGCUUCCUGUCCUCCGCCGAGCGCCUGGCCGCCCUGCACGCCUCCGUCUGCCGCUCGCUGGUGUCGGAGGACGGCGACCGGGUCCGGACCUGGCAGAAGGACUCCUUCCACAAGAAGCUGUUCGGCGGCUUCAAGGAGACGCAGGACAUCGAGACGGGCUUCACCCGCGCCCAGAAGCCCUGGGCCAAGAGGCUCAAGAAGCUGGAUAAGGCCAGGCGGGCGUACCACAAGGUGAGCCGGAAGGAGCAGGCGGCGCGGGAGCGCGAGGCCCACGCCCAGGGGAACCCGGACGUCGCGAUUGACAAGCAGAAGAAGAUCCAGGAGGAGCGGCAGCUGGUGCAGCAGGAGGCCGACAAGGUCCGCUCCCGCUACGAGAAGGUCCUGGAGGAGGUCAACCGCUACGCGCCGCGCUACAUGGAGGAGAUGGAGUCCAUCUUCGACCAGUCGCAGGACGAGGAGCGCAAGAGGAUCGUCUUCCUCAAGCAGGCCUUCCUCUCCAUCCACAAGCACCUGGACAUCACCAGCAACGAGAGCGUGAGAGCCGUGUACAGCCAGCUGCACGACACGCUGAUGGCCAUCGACGAGCAGGAGGACCUGCGCUGGUGGAGGAACACCCACGGCCCCGGCAUGCCCACCGACUGGCCCCACUUCCAGGAGUGGACGCCGGAAAAGAAAGAGAAAAAAGGGAAGAAGGAAGUGGAGAAGAAAGAACCGAUUGAGAAGAGCAGUGGCGUGAUGAUCGGAGGCGUGAGAGUCCGAGCUCUGUACGACUACGUCGGCCAGGAGACGGACGAGCUGUCGUUUAAAGCCGGUGAGGAGUUCCUGAAGGUCGAGGAUGAGGACGACCAGGGCUGGUGCCGGGGGAUGAAGGACGGCGGCUGGGAGGGGCUCUACCCGGCCAACUACGUGGAGGUGGUGUAGGUCUGCACGCUGACGGAGGAGGAGGAAGCCGAUGCUGUAAAAACACACUCCGGGUAGCAGGUAGCCAAAGAUGAGAGAGCGAUCACACCUCGGUGGACAUUCUGACACUCAGAUGUUUCUUUUUUUCUAUAAAUCUACCGGUGGUUGUAAUCGCCUGAAGGAUUCUGAGAAAUGUUUUAAUAUAUAUCGUCCACCUCUCGUAUGGAAGCCAUAUUAAUAAACUACGCUUUAAUGUUGAGGACAAAACAUGCUGGACUCUUCGGCCCCGUCUACACGACAAUGUCUUGAGGGAAAACGCUCAUGAUCGCGUUCACAUGGCAACUUUUUGAAAACAUGCCCGUUUCCAAGGAAACGGCAGCAGGGAUGCAGUUAGCUUGUUUUCCACUAGUGGGCGUUUUAAGCAUUAGCAAUGGGAGUAAAAGUGAUGGUUAUGUAACCAUUUUCAAAAAGUUGCUCCGAGCGCCGUUGUCGUGUAAACGGACGCCUGAAACACAGUGAAAGUUUUGUAUUUUCACGUGUUAAACUCUAAAGGUACACUUUGCUACUAAUCACCUGGUGCUGAUACGUCUUCAUGUGCUUUUUUUUUUCAACAUGUUGUAUUCUUAAAAAUGUUUGAGAAGCGAGUGGAGAAAGUGACGCCGACGCCGUGAUCGGGAUCGACUGCAGGCGUCGAUUGUAGACGCAACUUUCAUCUCCCGUCUGUGUUUCUGCUUCAAAGGAAGCGAGCGCCCGUGUGGAGAACGUCUCUGUUCUGUAAUUCUCGCAUUAAAUCAGGAGACUGACAUCGCUUUCACAUCCGAGCCUCGACCGAAGCGGCGAGCGUCACACGUUCAGCUCGGACGGCAUUCACUCCACAAGCUUCUCUCCUGUAACGGUUUAUACUUCUGGCCACCCAGCGUGUCGUGCAGAGGAAUCAGUCCCUGGUUUUUUUUCUGUAUGUUUUCCACAGUAGAAAAUGGAAUAAACAUGACACUAUGUGA